UUUACAACACAGUAGUGCUGUAUAAUGUCUUUAUGAUGGAAAUUGUCAACUCUGACGCCCGCGCAAAUAUUCGCAAGCAGAUGCGAUUCGUUCGCUUAGUUCGUGAUCAGUUCUCGACAGCUGCAGACGAAAAGCGACUUUUUGGAUCGUUCAAAAUGAGGGCUUGUUCAUGGCUGGCAACUGGGCUAACAUUGGCGCUGGCCUUGGGCCUGGUUUGCGCAGGCGUCGCGCCCAUGACCACAUUAUAUAAGCGCAACUCGGAGGAGAAAUACGAGCCGGAUUUGGUGGCCGUUUCGUCAACUGUUAUUCCCUUGACGGUGCUGGAGGUGAGCUACGGGCUGGGCGGCAAGCCCAGCGAUGCCUACAAGGCGGCCUACCUCCGCAAGCUGCGCAAACAGGUGCUCCAACGGGAGCAGGCGGAGGCCAGCGGCGCCACGCCCCUCGCCGAGCUGCCGCCGGCGCCCAGCGAUGCGGACGCUUUGAUCACAGUCAAAUCCAAGCAGGCCAAAGUCAAGGCUGUUUAGUCUGAAGACGGAGCUGGGCCAGACUCGCGUGCGUGGGCCUCCUCAUGAUAUCAUUCGAAUUUUGCUUUUCUCUUUUUCUCUUUUUUUUUGUUUAUAAAAAUCUAGUUAAUAAAUUGCGUCAUACUCUUCGCCAAAUUGGGCUUCAGUUGUCGCUGGCAAAA